GCCAUUAAGAAAUAUAAGAAAAAUGUUGAGUUUCGCCAGGUCUGCACUUUAGAAUUUAAAAAUAAGAUAAUUAACCGCUGCAAUGAAAGAAAUGACAAGUGGGGGCUGGAAAUAUUUAAUAAAAUAAAUAAUCAAAUAGACCUGGUUGCAGCAGAAGCGAUUUAUCAUGUGAAUUGCUUUAAUAAAUUUAUGCAAGAUAAAUCUCAGGAUCAUGUAGGCCGACCGGUAAAUCCUCCUCUAGAAGAGGCUUUUGAAAAAAUUUGUAAUUUUAUUGAAAACGAUUCCGAGAAUUGUCAGUUUGCAAUUAAAGAGUUAAUUGAAAUGAUGAUUACCCUUUUACCAGAGAGUUUUCAGCCAUGGUCUGAAAAAAACUUGAAAAUGAGAUUGAAGAAAAAGUAUAAAGAUAGUAUAAUAAUAUCUUCUCUAUCAGGAAAACAAAGUAUCGUCAGUUUUAGAGGAAACUGUGAAAAACUUUUAAGCGAAGAGUGGUCAAAGGAUAAAACCUUUGAUCGUGCAAAAAUUGUAACUGCCGCAGCUAAAAUUUUAAGAGAGGAUAUUAGAGGUAUGACAUGCAAUUUGCAGAAUUAUCCAAACUUAGAUGAUAUUAAAACUGGAGGAACAGAGGAAUUUCCUGAUUCUCUUAAAUCUUUUUUUCACGAGUUGGUUCUCAAAGAUAAGAAAAACUUAGCUGCAUACACAACAAAGGUAGCUGCGUUGGAAAAUUUUAUCAUUUCUUUAGUUAGAGUAAGAUCCUUCGUAUCACCCACAAUGUUUGGCCUCGGAACACUUCUACAUAGGAAAUAUGGCUCAAAAAAUUUGAUAGAUAUUUUGUCGACUAUCGGCGUUUCCAUUUCUUAUUCAGAGUGUCUUAAUUUUGAAAGUUCAGCAAUUCAAAAUGUUCAGGAAAAUAUCCCAGCGGACAGUUUUUUGCAGUUCGUUUUUGAUAACGCCGACGUCAACACCAGAACAAUCGAUGGACAUGGGACUUUUCACUCUAUGGGCGGUAUCAUAUGCAUUACUCCUGAACCAGCAACAGAAAAUUUUCAGGUUCCAAGACCUAAGCAAAAAAUCCAAGCCAGCGAAAUUGGACACUUCGGAAGUUUACCAAUACAGUUUUACAAUAAACCCGCAAAGUCUGGUCUCAAAACAGUCACAAUGCCGGAAAUACAAUUUUUGAAACCUGAAGUUGAAAAAAUUGCAGCAAGAUUAGAUGCACUUUGGUUACUUGGUACUAAAUAUCUCCAUAAAAAAGUAUCAUGGAGUGGAUAUAUGUCUUCUGUCUCAUAUGAUAUAGAAUUUACGACUAGCACUAUAACACCUCUGCCCUUCAUAAACUUGGACCCUUCAAACUUAAGUACUAUACACACAGCACUAUUGUUUGCAGCUGAAAAAUGCCGCUCGUAUAAUAAACCUUGUAUUGUCACCUUUGAUCAACCGCUUUUUUAA